GAACGCGCAGACGCCGCGCAGGGCGGGGAUUGGCGGGCUUCUUUCCUGUGCGUUCGCAACCGCGGUUCCCAGGACACCUGUUCGCUGUGCCCGGUGCGGUGCUCAGCUUCUUAACUUGAGCUCCGUGGCGCUGGGAGAAAGGUCCUGCGUCCCCGGCCUCCGACGGGACCCGCGCUGAGCGUUCGCAGGGCAAGAUGAGCGCGGACGCGGCGGCCGGGGAGUCCCUGCCCCGGCUUUGCUGCCUGGAGAAGGGUCCGAACGGCUAUGGUUUCCACCUGCACGGGGAAAAGGGCAAGGUGGGCCAGUUUAUCCGGCUGGUGGAGCCCGGCUCGCCGGCGGAGAAGUCGGGGCUGCUGGCCGGGGACCGAUUGGUGGAGGUGAACGGCGAGAAUGUGGAGAAGGAGACGCAUCAGCAGGUAGUGAGUCGCAUCCGCGCAGCGCUCAACGCCGUGCGCCUGCUGGUGGUCGACCCUGAGACCGACGAGCAUCUCAAGAAGCUGGGCGUCCCGGUCCGGGAGGAGCUGCUGCGCGCUCAGGAAAAGUCCCAACAAGCCGAGCCUCUGGCCGCCGCCGACACGCAGGAGACUGGGGACCAGAGUGAGGCCGAAAAGAGCCACCUGGAGCGGCGCGAGCUCCGGCCUCGGCUCUGCACCAUGAAGAAGGGCCCCAAUGGCUAUGGCUUCAACCUGCACAGUGACAAGUCUAAGCCAGGCCAGUUCAUCCGAGCAGUGGACCCAGACUCACCGGCAGAGGCCUCUGGACUCCGAGCCCAGGACCGCAUUGUGGAGGUCAAUGGUGUCUGCAUGGAGGGCAAACAACAUGGGGACGUGGUGUCUGCCAUCAAGGCUGGAGGGGAUGAGGCCAAGCUGCUGGUGGUAGACAAGGAAACAGAUGAGUUCUUCAAAAAGUGCAAAGUGAUCCCAUCGCAGGACCACCUGGAUGGCCCCUUGCCUGAGCCCUUCACCAACGGAGAGAUCCAGAAGGAGAGCAGCCGUGAAGCUCUGGUAGAGCCAGCUUCAGAGAGCCCCAGGCCAGCCCUGGCAAGAUCUGCCUCCAGUGAUACCAGUGAGGAGCUAAAUUCUCAAGACAGCCCCAAGAGACAGGACUCCACAGAGCCCUCAUCUACCUCCUCCUCCUCCGACCCCAUCUUGGACUUCAACGUCUCCCUGGCUGUGGCUAAGGAGAGGGCCCACCAGAAGCGCAGUAGCAAGCGGGCCCCGCAGAUGGACUGGAGCAAGAAAAACGAACUCUUCAGCAACCUCUGAGCAGCGGCUGCCUCCAGCUGGCUAGUGCUGGAAGGGUGGAGCCACCCACCUACCACCUUAGGGCCCCUUCUCCCCUCCCCAGGUGCCCACCAAUCAACAUUCAAAUCAGCAUCUGCCCCACUUGCUGACAAAUCUAUUUCCCUAGGAAUUCUGUCCUUCCCUCACCGUAGGGAAGGAGGAUGUUCCUGUCCUGCCUCC